UAAACACCUGUAAUUAGGUAUAUUGAAUUUAAUUAUUCUUUUUUUCUCCCCUUUCCCAUUUCUUUGUAGUAUCAUCACACCUAGGCCCUGGAGGACAUUGUUUCUUUAUUUCCAUAGUUUUAGCAACAAGGUGAACCCUCUUUGAACCCUUUAUGUUUGGCAGCACCGUCUAUCUCCAUUGUCUAUCGCUAGCAAAUACCCAACGUUUAUAGAGGCCAUCAAGAAGGAAGCAUUCGUCGGGUGAACCCAAUGCUCGUAAACUUACCUCAAGUUUAAUUCAGCCGCUUAUAUGGAUCCCGAAUUCCUAGGCCAGCGUAACCACCAAGAUUGGGAGCCUCAAGUUGAAGGAUCAGAGCCGGACUUUGAAAUUGACGACCCCGUAUUUGACGGAGAUCAGGGCAUUGAUUGGGAACCAUGGUGGCAGAUUAUUGUACAUCGAAAUGGAGGUAUUCAGGAAGCCGAACCACCCGAAUAUCCGCCUGAAGCCUGGAGUCUAGAUAGUAAGGAUGUCCCUUUCCCUUUUAACCUCGACGAGACGUGGUACUGCACAGCGGUGUUGGUGCUUAUACUUCUUAUACACUCUGAGUUGGAUACAGAAUGGUUGCUCCGGCACGGGUAUACGCACUACUUCGCACGGAUAUCCUUCAGAAUAAUUCUCACGGUAUCUAUCUCUUUCCUUAGCACACUGGCUUUCGAGGUCGCGGGCAAUAUACUUGACCUGGCAAGGGAAACCGUUAUUGAUAUGAUAUCACUCCACAUAAAGGCUUUGUUCGUCGAGUACCUAGGCUGGGGACCCGUUGACGAAGAAGGACGUGCUAACUGGGAAAACCGUGUUCCAUUCUAUCAGGAUACGACUUAUAUACGCGAGCCUGCCAUUGAACUAGUCAUUGGCAUUGUCAUAUCGGCUUUCCAUUGUUCAGUUAUGACACAUAUUUCAGUCAUUCAACUAGCAACAGGCGCAGCGAUUAGUUGGUUAGUGGGACUGCUUCCAAAUCAUUCAGCUAAGUUCCUCGUGAGCUUGCCUUCUUAUUUUGCUUUACCUAUACCUGAAACGGAUGGUUUAUCCAGUAUCACGAAUCUGCUCUGGGAGUACGGGGUCCCUUCGAUUAUUCAGGUGUGGACAGCGGCAUUCUUGUACCUUUUCGUCUUCCUGUUCAUGUCGAGAGCGGAAACACCGAUCAUCUUAAGACAAGGUGGCCAAGAUCCCUUCUGUAAACUUGCUUUUCAACUCCUUCGGGCGACGGCCAUGCACUUGCUAGCAUAUACAGCGUAUCAAAUCACCAGCAGUUGUGUAAUCGCUUCUCAAUCACUCUCACUUCGGUUUAACGUAUACGCUUUACACGACUCCAUGGUUGGCCACAAAGUUUUGGAGAGGAGCAACCUCGAGUUGUCUUUAGGAGCCGGCGUAUUGAUUAUGGCUACGCACUGGUUGGUUAAAAAUGCUUGUAGACGGCUUGUUGCUUUCUGUUGGCCAUCAUGGGUCUCUUAUGUCGCAUGGUUAUCCAUCAAGACAGAAGAAUCUACUUGGCGGAAUUGGGCUGUAUAUGGGUCUUUGCUCGACGAUGACAUGGACGUGCUUGAUCCGGGUAAGAGGGUCACUGCGAGGGCAUUGAUGACUGUCCUGUUUGGUUUGAAGAGCUCGUGGCCAGCUAGGAUGAGGCUAAGCACGGGCGAUAACAUAGACUAGCUGCAUUUUGUACAUUCUAACCGUAUUCUUUGCGCAGGCGUGCUGGAUAUUGAAGCUGCUAGAUACCUUAGGUACCU